AUGACAUUAGCAGAGGAUGAGCCAGGUCGACAAUUAAUGCAAACAACACUUCCUCAACUAGGAUUCAAGUUUAACUAUGUUCUCCGCCUUCUUCUGGCGUUUUCGGCGUAUCAUAAUGCCUAUCUGAAACGACAGCAGCAGAGGCGGGAGGUAUUACCAAGCAAAGCCUCAGCGGAAAGCACAAUCAUGACUCAGGGUGAUCAUCAUUACACAACUGCCGUACGUGAAGUCAGCAACUCGAUUCCUAGCCUGAGUGAAACAAGCUGCCAUGCCGUCUAUGCCAGUGCGGUCUUCAUUUGCUUUUGCUCGUUUGCAAAGGGACCAAGUGCUGGGGAAUUUCUUGUCUUCAAUUAUGACAAAGGCAAUGCAGAAUGGCUGAGCCUACUAGGAGGUGUUCGAUCAAUUGUCGAGCAUUCAAGGGACGUACUAUCAGUCGAUUUGAUUUCGUCCCAUGCCUCCAAUUCAAGCUCGACUCGGCCCCUCUUCGAGAGUUUCGAAGACCAGAAUGAUAUUCACACAGGAUGGCGAAGCUGCUACGAGCACCUCCAGACGAUACUUUGUCUUGGAAUCUCCACAGACGAUUUUCGCUAUCCCAUUUAUCAUCGUGCCCUAGACGGCCUUGCCUGGUCCUUUGAUAAGGUCUAUAGCGGCACAGUUACCAGCAAAGGGGAAAAUUGGGCACUAAUUUUCCGCUGGCUAUAUACACUUCCUGAGAUAUUCGCAUCAGAUCUCCAACAGCGCGAGCCCCUCGCCUUGCUGCUCUUUUCACCUUUCGUGGUUUUGUUGAAGGAGCUGGAAGCCUACUGGUUUGUGCGCGGAUGGCCUGAGCAUAUUGUGAGUGGCGUUUAUCAAUAUUUAAAUGUGGAGCAACGUGCUUCCAUCAGAUGGCAAAUGGAGCGGGUAGGAUGGAAUCCGCCGGAUGAAUGUAGUGAAGCAGAGCCUCCGUCAAAUUGA